AUGCCCAUUCUUCUGCGGCCCCCGAAACAUGGUUGUCUGCCCGUUGCAGUCCCUAAAGCUUUAGCGGAUUUCGGCGCCGUGCUCACAAAAGCAGUGGUAGCCGACAACACCCUGGAACUUGCAGAUGGGACGUUUUUCCUGGGUGAGCCUCGGCUGAGAUCAAAGCUGUUCAUCCGUCCUUGUUACAAGGACCUGUCGGAGCUCAUCUUGGAAGGUGUUACCGACGGUACGAUGGACAAAAUUGUAGUGACAGGCACUCCCGGCAUCGGCAAGUCCGAGUUUGGUUUCUAUCUUAUGUACCUGUUGCGCGGUCAAGGAAACACCGUUGUUCUUGAAAGAAAAGGCUGCUGGUUCCGCUUUAGUGAUGGAGGGGUAACCGUAGGAGAUUUUUAUUCUUNG